AUUCGGAGUGAAUAUGAGGUGCCUCAAGGUUCUAGCCUUGGUCCUUUGUGUUCACGCACUAACGACUUUUGCUAAGCCACCUGCGUCGCUUUCAAAGAAGAGCUCAGCUAAAGUAGUGAAAAAAUCUCCAACGAAAUCUCCGAUACAGCACUUGGCUCCUGUAAAGCCAGAAUUAAAAGCCAAAGUGAGAGCUGUCAAGCAAAAAGUGACUGCCGUAAAACAACAGAAACAUGUCGUCCACGAACAGAAGGCGGCGAAGGAAAUUCCAACUAAAGUCGUCCCGAAGAUUAAAGUGGAAGAAAUACAUGAGAAAAAUUCAAGUUUUCGGCAUCACAACUACGAAGAAAUGACAUGGCUUCUGAAGGAAUUCGCUCGCAAGCACCAGGACAUUGCAAGACUUUACGACAUCGGGAAAUCUGUACAAAACCGAAAACUCUGGGUCAUGGAGAUUUCUGAUAAUCCAGGAAAACACGAAGCUGAGGAACCCGAGGUGAAGUACGUAGCGAAUAUCCAUGGCAACGAGGUGAUUGGUAAAGAGAUGUUGUUGCACUUGAUUCGGUAUUUGUGUCAUAAUUACGGUAUCAACAAGAGAGUCACAAAUAUCGUAGACGCGACUCGUAUUCAUAUUUUACCCAGUAUGAACCCUGAUGGAUAUGAAAUGGCUGCCACAGAUGACGAUCAUCAAGCGGGAAGCAAAAAUGCAAACGACAUUGAUCUCAAUAGGAACUUCCCGGACCAGUUCUUCCCAAGUACCACAGGACCCCCGCAACCUGAAACCCAUGCGGUCAUGAAAUGGGUUCGUUCCAAUCCCUUUGUUCUCUCGGCCAGUCUUCAUGCUGGUGCCCUAGUGGCAAGCUAUCCGUAUGAUGAUAAUCCGUCGGGGAAGACUUCUUACAGCGCUUCGCCUGAUGAUGACGUAUUUCGGGAGGUUGCAAGGGCGUACAGCCAGGCCCAUCCCACAAUGCACCUUGCGAAUGCGCCCUGGAAGUGUAAAAACAAGCAGAAAGAGCAUUUUAUAGACGGUAUUACAAACGGUGCUGAUUGGUUCAGCUUGUCAGGUGGAAUGCAGGAUUAUAAUUAUGUACAUUCUAAUUGUUUUGAAGUCACUUUGGAGCUCGGCUGUGAAAAGUUUCCCAACGCUACUGCUUUGCCGGAGUACUGGAGAGAAAACAAAGAAGCGUUGUUGAGCUUUGUGGAACAGGCUAAUAAAGGCAUUCACGGGAUCAUCCAAGACGAGGAUGACAAACCAAUCAAAGACGCCCGCAUCAACAUCGCCAAUCGACCCCAUGACGUCUUCACCAGCAACAAAGGUGAUUACUGGCGCCUCUUGGUACCAGGUUCUUACGAAGUCACAGUGUCCGCGAAGGGGUAUGAACACGAGUCAAAGACCGCGACAGUUCAUUCAUCGGCAGCCACCAAGCUAGACUUUACUCUGAGGAGGAUCCGUGAAAGGAAACCUCGCCACAUCGAAGACAACGAAGACCCACGUGGCAGCUUCACGCUCAGGAGAUCUUUGAGAGACUUUUAUCGAGACGAGUCACCUGAUCAAAAAAAGCAAAACUAUGAUGGCGAUGAUGACAAUGAUUAUGGUGCUAGAAGGCAAGUGCUUGAUUAGACUGGUGAUGCGCAAGAUGAGUGAUCCACAAACAAUACUUCAUGGCAUGGCUGUGCUGUGCGCAUAGGAGAGAGACUGGGAAUGGUAUGGGGAGCCGUGUAUGGAACUGAAAAUAUAAGACAACCCAAUCUUGUACAAAUCGAGCAACGUUCUACCUCACCUCCCCGGCAUCUCCCCCUUCGACCUCCACAACUUAUCUCUAAGGAAGGCUGAAUACCAGCCUGCUUUUGUCAGAAAAAGUUUUUUUCAGUGUUCGUAAAUUCGUGUCAUAAUACUGAAAAUAUUUCAUAGCUUUUGCAUUCAAAAUAAUGAAGAUAAAUGAUUGCAGAUCAAAACCUGCAUUAGCUUAGAUCGACAUGUGACAAGAUUACGGAUGAGGACUCCGCCAUAAUGGUAGAUAGUCAUCUACAAAAUUCAAUUGUUGAAUUCUUUAACUCUUCUUUGCUUUACGUUUGUGAUAAUAAAUAUUAUAGAAAGCUUGA